AUGUCCCAGUACCACCCCCUCACAGACGGCGACCAAAUCGCCUCCGACUUUUCCACUACCAUCAAAAACAAAGUAAUCCUGGUCACAGGGGUAUCCCCCGGCGGCCUCGGCGCUGAAUACGCACUUACAAUCUCCAAACAUUCACCUUCCCUAAUCAUCCUCGCGGGCCGCGACAUCACCAAAAUCGCACAAACCGCGUCCACGAUCGCCGACGUCGCGCCUUCAGUCGCAACGCGUACGCUAGAACUAGAUCUCGCGUCGCAGAAACAAAUCCGAGAAGCUGCGAAGGAAGUGUUGGCGUACGCCGAGUCUAUUGAUGUACUGGUUAAUAAUGCGGGUAUAAUGGCCAAGUUGCCAUACAGCCAAACACCAGAGGGAAUCGAAGCCCAAUUUGGAGCAAAUCAUAUCGGGCAUUUUCUGUUUACGAAUUUGAUCAUGAGCAAAUUAAUUCGUAGUGAAGGAAGUGGUAGGACGGCGAGGGUGGUGAAUGUUGCGAGUGACGGGUAUCGGUUGGGGCCGAACGGCGCAACGUACAACCCUUGGCGCGCAUACGGACAAUCGAAAACUGCGAAUUUGUUAUUCUCCAGAUCGCUGGCGACGAAACUUGCAAAGAGAGGAUUGAUAUCCGUCAGUCUUCAUCCGGGAGUGAUUUUCACCAAUUUGGGGCGUCAUUUGGACGCUGAAGGAUUUCAGGGGUUGAACCAGGUCGAUCGUGAACUGGGCAACAGAAAUUACUGGGGCCCAUUCAAGGGACGGACGCCCAACCAGGGUGUUUCGACGCAUGUUUUUGCUUCGUUCAAUGAUUCUAUUACUCUGACUAGUAACAACGGGGUCUAUUUGGAAGAUAACCGCGUGUUUCAGCCGGAAGAAAUGCACAGCUGGGGACGAGAUGAUGUCGAUGCUGAGAAGUUGUGGAAAUUGAGUGAAAAGCUUGUUGGGGAGAAGUUUUCUUAUUGA